GUGUUUCGACCACCUGCUUUCUGUCUCCAGCUGUCUCAUGCCCACAGAGGAAAACUUCCUUUUAUAUUGAAAGUAUUUGAUGUGACUCAUCUGAAUCCUGUGCAUUAAUAUUAUUUGUUGUAUUGUCACUGAAGCAACGAUGAGAGGAGCAGCUAUGAGAUUAACUGCAGCAGCAGGUGGAUUUGUAGUCUUUCUCCUCUCUAUGUCAGCGGUGCAGGGUGAGAAUGGCUGGAGAGUGACUUACACUCCUACUCAGGUCUGCGCCUUAAAAGGAUCAACUGUGGAAAUGAGCUGCACCUACACAUACCCAUCCAGAAUAAAUUAUCGUGAUACUACAGUGGAGAAAAUAUUAUGGUUUACCAGAGUAAAUCAUGACGAACCUGUGGAUCUGAAAACAGACUCAGAGUAUUCAGGUCGUGUUCAGUACAGUUCUAACAACAACGACUGCACUCUGACAAUCAGAGACCUGAGAGAGAGCGACUCAGCUGAGUACUUUUUCGGGUUCAUAACAAACCAACCAGAUGGGAAAUUUAUAGGUCCACCUGGAGUCAAUUUGUCCAUCACAGAUCCACAUCUGCAUAUAGAGGUGAUUAAAUCAAUAGUCCACCAGAGUUAUGCCAAGGCAGAGCUGAGGUGUCGCAGCAGAUGUCGUCUACCUGAUAGUUCUUCUUACAUCUGGUACAAGAAUGGGCAGAAAGUUCAGGGAGAAACUUCUUCGUUUUCAGUCUCUGCCUCAGCAGACAGUUUCUCCUGUGCACUUAAAGGACAUGAGGAUUCCCCGUCUCCUGCAGUGUGUGUUGAUGGUCAUUACUGCCACAGAGUGAUUUACACUGACAGAAGAAUCUGUAGCUUCAAAGGCUCAUCAGUGGACAUUUCUUGCACGUACAACAGUUAUGAUCGUCCCACAUCUAAGUUCUGGUUCAGUCCUAGACAGUAUCCCUCACAGCCUGAGGACCUUAGAAAAGACUCUAAGUAUGCAGGUCGCAUUAAGAUCCUUGAAACAAACAUAGGACGCUCCACUUUGAGAAUCUCUGACCUGAGAGAGAGCGACUCGGCCGAGUAUCACUUCAGAUUCAAAACAGGAACCUUUGAAUGGAGGAGCAGUUUACCUGGUACCACUCUGACUGUUACAGAUCCAGAUCUGCAGAUGCAGGUGAAACUAUCAUGGUUUUAUCCGUGGGCAGAGCUGAAGUGCCACAGCAGUUGUCGUCUACCUGAUAGUUCUUCCUACAUCUGGUAUAAGAAUGGUCAGAAAACUUGGGGAGAAAAAUCUUCCUAUUCAGGUGUCUUUCAUCCUAAAGACAGCUAUGCCUGUGCUGUUAAGGGAUACAAGGAUUUCCCCUCUCCUUCUGUGUGUAUUCAUGGUCAAACCUGCAACAGAGUGAUUUACACGGACAGAUCCAUCUGUGCCUCCAAAGGCUCUUCAGUGGACAUUUCCUGCACGUACAGCAGUUACGAAGAUCACGUAGAAUCUGAAUUCUGGUUCAGUCAUGAACGCAGUCCUUCUGAACCCGAGGACCUGUUGAAAGACCACCAGUAUGCAGGUCGUGUUCAGGUCCUUGAAACAGAGAGAGGACGCUCCACUCUGAGAAUCUCUGACCUGAGAGACAGCGCCGCAGCCGAGUAUCACUUCAAAUUCAAAACACCGAGCUUUGAGUGGAGGAGCAGUUUACCUGGUACCACUCUGACUGUCACAGGUACUGAUGAGCACAAGCAGAUAUUCACAGCAACACAGCUGAAUAAAAGCAUGUUAUAACAGUCUCUAAUAAGGCACCUCUUAAACCUCUGAAGUCCAGGAGAUUUUGGUUCAAAUUUGUCAACUUCCUAUGUAUUCAUGUCUGUCUCUGUUUAGCAUCUUUCAGUCUGUCCAUACAU